AUGUGUGUCAAUUUCGGCCUCAGCCUCCCUGACCUCGGGUUUGAGAGGCCCUGGAACCAGGAGUCGGGGCUGGGGUUUGGGGGUGUUAAUUCUGGUUUUGAGCCUCUGUGGGAGGUCGGGGUGGAUGUCGAGAGGAAGCUGCCUCCGUGCUCGGUGCUGUCUCUUCCCGUGAAGCCUUUGAUGCAGGUUCUGGCGGCGCAGGCCCCGUGCAGACGGUCGGAGGAGCGAGGGCGCAGGCGUGAUGCUCCUCCGAGGUGCUCGCAGCUCCUCUGCCUCUCGGGCUUUCUCUGCCUGGCUGGAGGGGAUGCCCGGGGGAGCGCGGAUGGACAGGGACAGAUUCUCCAGCGCUUCCCGGAGAAGGACUGGGAGGACAACCCCUUUCCCCAGGGCAUCGAGCUGGUGAGUGUGCUGUCCCUCGGGAUGUUCUGCCAACCCAGCGGCUGGCAGCUCUUCACCGAGAGGAACCCCCCCACCUUCUUCGUGGCCGUGCUGACCGACAUCAACUCGGAGCGGCACUACUGCGCCUGCUUCACCUUCUGGGAGGCCGUGGAGAGCACGCAGACUCAGGGCCACUCCAGGAAUGGUGAUGGGGACGAGGAGGAGGAGGAGGAGGAAGAGGAGCCGUCGUCUCCCGUUCAACCCGCCCAGCUCUUUGCUCCCAAAAGCUUGGUGCUGGUGUCGCGGCUGGACCACGCGGAGGUGUUCAGGUUCUGCCAACCCAGCGGCUGGCAGCUCUUCACCGAGAGGAACCCCCCCACCUUCUUCGUGGCCGUGCUGACCGACAUCAACUCGGAGCGGCACUACUGCGCCUGCUUCACCUUCUGGGAGGCCGUGGAGAGCACGCAGACUCAGGGCCACUCCAGGAAUGGUGAUGGGGACGAGGAGGAGGAGGAGGAGGAAGAGGAGCCGUCGUCUCCCGUUCAACCCGCCCAGCUCUUUGCUCCCAAAAGCUUGGUGCUGGUGUCGCGGCUGGACCACGCGGAGGUGUUCAGGAACAGCCUGGGUUUGAUCUACACCAUCUACGUGGACGGACUGAGCGUGUCCCUGGAGAACGUCAUCGGGAACCUCCUGACGUGCACCAUCCCCAUCACCGGGGGAGCUCAGAGGACGAUCUCGCUGGGCGCCGGGGACAGGCAGGUGAUCCAGACCCCCAUCAAUGACUCGCUUCCCGUCAGCAGCUGCAGCGUGGCCCUGCUCUUCCGCCAGCUCGGCAUCACCAACGUGCUGUAUCUCUUCUGUGCGGCGCUCACCGAACACAAGAUCCUGUUUCUCUCCAGCAGUUACCAGAGGCUGACCGACGCCUGCCGGGCUCUCCUCGCCCUUAUGUUCCCCCUCAAGUACAGUUUCACGUACGUGCCCAUCUUGCCCGCGCAGCUCCUGGAGGUGCUGAGCACACCAACACCCUUCAUCAUCGGGGUCCACUCCAUCUUCCAGUCGGAGACGCAGGAGCUGCUGGACGUUGUCAUCGCAGACCUGGAUGGUGGCACAGUGAAUGUCCCCGAGUGUGUACAUAUCUCCCUGCUCCCUGAACCUCUGCUCCAGCAGACCCGGGAAGCCCUCUCCAUGGUCUUGGACCCUGAGCUGGAGGUGGCAGAUCUCGCAUUCCCCCCUUCAACGAUUUCUGCCUCUUCUCUCAAAAUGCAGGACAAGGAGAUCCGGGCCGUCUUCCUCCGCUUGUUUGCACAGCUGCUGCAGGGCUACCGCUGGUGCCUGCACAUCAUCCGCAUCCAUCCCGAGCCCGUCAUACGAUUCCAUAAGGCCGCCUUCCUGGGGCAGAGGGGGCUGACGGAGGACGACUUCCUCACCAAGGUGCUGGAGGGCAUGGCCUUCGCUGGCUUCGUCACCGAGCGGGGGGCCCCGUACCGCUCCAUCGACCUCUUCGAUGAGCUGGUGGCUUACGAAGUGAAGCGCAUGCGCGCGGAAGAGGGGAACAAGCAGAAAAUACUGCGGCACAUCAAGGAGCUGGCGGAGAAACUUUACAAAAAUGAGAACCCGUACCCCGCGGUGACCAUGCACAAGGUGCAGAAGCCCACGGAAGGUUGUCACCUGCGCCUCCACCAGAAGCCUUUCCCCCGCCUGGACGAGGGGACGGUGCAGUGGAUCAUCGACCAGGCCACGGCCAAGCUGCAGACGGCUCCUCCUGCUGUGAAGGCAGAGAAGAAGUGCAUGGUGCCAUCGGGACCCCCCAUCGCUGCCAUCAUGGAGCGCAACGGCAAUGCCCUGGCCAACAGCGCCCGUCGCCUGGAGGUGGUCAGGAACUGCAUCUCCUACGUCUUUGAGAACAAGAUGUUAGAAGCCAAAAAGUUGUUCCCGGCCGUGCUGCGGGCCAUGAAGGGCCGCGCCGCCAGGCACUGCCUCACCCAGGAGCUGAACCUCCACGUGCAGCAGAACCGGGCCGUGCUGGAUCACCAGCAGUUUGACUUCAUCAUCCGCAUGAUGAACUGCUGCCUGCAGGACUGCACCGCCAUGGACGAGCACGGGAUUGCAGCCGCUCUCUUGCCGCUGGUCACCGCGUUCUGCAGAAAACUGAGCCCGGGCAUCACGCAGUUUGCCUACAGCUGUGUGCAGGAGCACGUGGUGUGGACCAACAUCCAGUUCUGGGAGGCCAUGUUCUACUGCGACGUGCAGAACCACAUCCGAGCCUUGUACCUGGACAACAACGAGGAGAACCACACGGAUGAGGAGAGCACGGAGGGGCCUCAGGAAGCCAAGUCUGCGCUGGAGAUCGCGUCGGAGCAGCUGAGGCUCUGGCCCACCAUGAGCCGAGAGAAGCAGCAGGAGCUGAUCCAGAAGGAGGAGAGCACUGUCUUUAGCCAGGCCAUCCACUACGCCAACCGCAUGAGCUACCUGCUCCUGCCGCUCGACACCAGCAAGAACCGCCUGCUCCGCAGCUCCGGGCUGGGGGACGUGGAGAGUGUCAGCAACAGCUUCGUCACCAACAGCAUCGCCGGCAGCGUGGCAGAGAGCUACGACACAGAAAGUGGGUUUGAGGACGCAGAGAGCUCUGACGUGGCCAACUACGUGGUGCGAUUCAUCAACCGCUUCGUGGACAAAGUCUGUACAGAGAGUGGAGUCACCAACGAGCACCUCAAGGGGCUGCACGUCAUGAUCCCUGAUAUUGUACAGAUGCACAUAGAGACACUGGACGCCGUGCACAGGGAGAGCAAGAGGCUUCCUCCCAUCCAGAAGCCAAAGCUGCUGCGCCCCAACCUGUUGGUGGGUGAGGAGUGUGUGAUGGAAGGGCUCCGCGUGUUCCUCAUGCCCGAUGGUCGGGAAGAAGCUGCUGGAGGGAUCAUUGGUGGCCCACCUCUCCUCCCCGCCGAAGGAGCCAUCUUCCUCACCACUUACCGCAUCAUCUUCAAAGGCACUCCCACGGACCCUCUGGUGGGGGAGCAGGUGGUGAUCCGGUCCUUCCCCAUCGCCUCACUGACCAAAGAGAAGAAGCUCAAUGUCCAGGCCCCGAUGGAUCAGUUCAUCCAGGAGGGCUUGCAGCUGCGCUCCUGCACAUUCCAGUUGCUGAAGAUCGCCUUCGAUGAGGAGGUGGCUUCAGACAGCGCUGAGGUCUUCAGGAAGCACCUGCACAAGCUGCGCUACCCCCAGCACGUGCGUGGCACCUUCGCCUUCACCGUGGGCCAGUCUCCCAAGCAAGCCAUGCAGCCCAAGGCCAAGGAGAAGAACCCCUCGCUCAGCUCCCAGCAGGUGACCGAUAUCUUCCAGGGCCUGACAGUGGGGGUCCUGUCCCUCGGGCACCUUGGCCAUUCGACCACGACACUCUCCAAAAACCUGGUGAAAAAUGCCAAGAAAACAAUUGGCCGCCAGUAUGUGACACGGAAGAAAUACACACCGCCCACGUGGGAGCAGCGGAGCAGCCAGCACUUCCCCGAGGACAACGAGGAUGAGAUCUCAGUGUCCGAAGAGAUGGACAGAAGCACUUUGACCCCCACCACCACCAUCAGACCUUCGGACAAGAUGACCAUCAACCACUUGGUGGAGCGAGCCUGCUGCCGCGACUACCAGCGCCUGGGGCUGGGCACCCUCAGCAGCAGCCUCACCCGCUCCAAGAACGAGCCCUUCCGCAUCUCCACCGUGAACCGCAUGUACGCCAUCUGCCGCAGCUACCCCGGGCUGCUCAUCGUGCCGCAGAGCAUCCAGGACAACACCAUCCAGCGCAUCUCCCGCUGCUACCGCCAGAACCGCUUCCCCGUGGUCUGCUGGAGGAACUCCCGCACCAAGGCCGUGCUGCUGCGCUCGGGGGGGCUGCACGGCAAGGGAGUGGUGGGGCUCUUCAAGUCCCAGAACGCCCCCACCGCAGGUCCCUCGCAGACGGACUCCACCAGUUUGGAGCAGGAGAAGUACCUGCAGGCCGUCAUCAACUCCAUGCCGCACUACGCCGACGCCGGCGGGCGCAACACGCUCAGCGGCUUCACCUCGGCGCACAUGAGCAGCUCAGAUUUCUCCGACAAGAGGCAGCCUAAGCUGGGAUCGCUCAUGAAGCAGGUGAUGGGAGGGAAGGACGAUGGGCCCGGUACUAUUAGCCGCGGAGGGCUGGCUCACAGAGCCAGGGUCAUCACUCUCUCCACCCCAAAGUGCGUGUCGCCGAAGGGCCGCGAGACGCCCCGAGGCAAGUGGGGCAGCAUCCGGGCCAGCGGGCGCAUGAGCAGCUACGCCCUGAACAUGGAGAUCGGGUCCCGCCUGGCUGGGAAGGACCUGCUGGGUGCCCAGCACAACGGCACCCCCGCGGAGGCCAGCUUCCUGCGCCAGCACCGCGCAUCCCUCUACAUCAUCGGCGACAAGUCGCAGCUGAAGGGGGUGAAGCCGGACCCACUGCAGCACUGGGAGGUGGUGCCCAUCGAGGUGUUCGACGUGCGGCAGGUGAAGGCCAGCUUCAAGAAGCUGAUGAAGGCCUGUGUGCCCGGCUGCUCCACCAUCGAUCCCAGCAGCACCUACUUGCGGUCCCUGGAGGAGUCCGAGUGGCUGUCCCAGAUCCAUAAGAUCCUGCAGAUCUCGGUGUUGGUGGUGGAGCUCCUGGACACGGGCUCCUCCGUGCUGGUCAGCCUGGAGGACGGCUGGGACAUCACCACGCAGGUGGUCUCCUUGGUGCAGCUGCUCUCGGACCCCUACUACCGGACGCUGGAGGGCUUCCGCCUGCUGGUGGAGAAGGAGUGGUUGUCCUUCGGGCACCGCUUCAGCCACCGUGGGGCACAGACCCUGGCCGGCCAGAGCAGCGGGUUUGCCCCCAUCUUCCUCCAGUUCCUGGACUGUGUCCAUCAGAUCCACCUGCAGUUCCCCAUGGAGUUCGAGUUCAGCCAGUACUACCUGAAGUUCCUCAGCUACCACUACAUCUCCAACCGCUUCCGCACCUUCCUGCUGGACUCCGACUACGAGCGCAUCGAGCUGGGCCUCCUUUACGAGGAGAAGGGCGAGCGGAAGAGCCAGGCGGUCUACAAAUCCAUCUGGGAUUACAUCGACCGCCUGAACAAGAAGGCCCCCGUCUUCUUCAACUACAUGUAUGCCCCCGAGGAUGGGGAGGUGCUGAGGCCCUACAGCAACAUUUCCAACCUGAAGGUGUGGGACUACUACACGGAGGAGACGCUUUCCGAGGGCCCCUCCUACGACUGGGAGCUGGCGCAGGGGCAGCCGGAGCACGUGGAGGAGGAUCGGCAGGACACCAGUGCCCCCCAGACCAAGCGCAAGAUCAUCUGGCCCUGCUACGACAACCGCAGCCGCGUGGAGCCCGACGCCAUCUCCAAACUGCUGGAGGAGCUGCACAACCUGGAGAUGGAGCUGGGGCAGAUCCCGGAGCGCUGGAAGGACACGUGGGACAAGGUGAAGGCUUCCCAGCGCACGGAGGUGCGGCAGGAGGGCAGCCGGACCCCCAGCUCCCUGCUGAUGUCCUCUGGCCUUUCCCACCACCGGCGCUCCCUGGGGGUCUACCUGCAGGAGAGUGGGGUGGGCUCCACCCUCAACCUCAGCCUGGACAGCGACACCAGCAGCACCUCCACCCCCUCCAGCGGGAAGCAGGGCGGCCGCAGGAGCACCAGCACGCUCUACAGCCAGUUCCAGAUGUCCGAGAGCGAGAACAGGUCCUACGAGGGGUCACUCUUCAAGAAAGGAGCCUUCAUGAAGCCGUGGAAGCCUCGCUGGUUCGUGCUGGAUAAAACCAAGCACCAGCUGCGGUACUACGACAGCCGCAUGGACACGGAGUGCAAAGGGGUGAUCGACCUGGCCGAGGUGGAGUCCAUCACCCCAGGAGCCCCCAGCAUGGGGGCCCCCAAGACGGUGGAUGAGAAAGGGAAGAUUUAG